CCAAUUUGUCUCAAUUCUCAAACCUCGACUUUCUCUUCCGGGACAAGGGACAAGCUCCUCGUCGUCGUGGUCUUCUAUCCAUGCACUAUCCACCAUGCAGCAUGAGCAUCCACAGCAGCAGCAGCAGCCCAGCCCUUCAGCUUGGGAAUUUGAAAAGGCACUUCUGUUUCAAUCCCUGUUUCAUUUGGAGAAUUGCACGGAAGAACUUGUCGUCACUCUGGAGUCGAUCCAUUCGCUCUUGACGGAUCGACCACAGUUGGCAGCGACAAGAGAAGGAGAAAUGGAUCGCUCACCUCUUCAUGAGUUGUGUCGGCAAAUUUCUCUUCUACCACUUUGUUUUCAGGUGGACAACACUAUUGUCGAGGCCUACUGUCGUGUGACCCAGUGUCUUCUCGCACUGCACCCCGAUGGAAUCGCCCAGUGCGAUGCUCAAGGAUUGCUGCCUAUUCAUUGUCUCAUGAAUGGUAGUGGGGACUGGCAGGAGGAUUUCUUUUGUCCCAUUCUGUCCUGUCUAUUGGAAGCCUAUCCAGACAGUGCCACCAUCCGACCCGCCACUGCCAAUUGGAGAGGAUUGUCUCCUAUAGAAGUCAGCUUUGCCAAGAAUUGUUCACUUCGAAUUCGAACAGUUUUGAUUUCCACCGUCCAAGACAAGACAACAGGCCUGCACUCGUUCUAUCUGACGCAAGAAUCGGGAGUCUUUUCCAUGGAACUGGCGCAAAGUACAGAACAAAUCCUGAAACUACCACAACUCGCCAAAUUCGAGUGCCAUGUACGCCAUUGGGAUCCACAAGCGUAUCUGCAUAUCCUGCAUGUUCUGUCCAACAAAGAGCAACCAAGGUAUCUGCAGCACAUUGGUUGCUUGACGAUUCCGCCUCUGUGGAGGAACUUUGCUGCCAAUGGGAAGAACAUCUCGGCUGUGCCUUUAGCGCUGCAACGGGUCAUGGAAUCCUCUCUUGUUGCUCGAGGAACGCUGCAAACCAUUCGAUUUAGGAUUCCAUACGGUUCGGAAAGGGACAAUAACCAUGCCAACGACGAGGAUGAUUCUCCAUUGGUGUCAUCCAUUCAUGAUGGACUUGCAAAGAGAACCAAGAUGAGGGAACUGGAAAUGGAAAACUUUGUUAUUCGAAACAUUGCCUUAUUGCAGAGGUGGUUGACAAGUGGCUGUUGUCCUCGCAAAGUACAAUUCACUGAGGUUAUGAUUGGUGGUGGAUCUCAACAACCACCACCAGCAGCAGGCUUUGCAGCAGAUUCCGCGUCUCAUGAUCUCUCUUCUUCGGCAUCCAUAUCACACGACAACAACGGGGAGGAUUCCACCGGCACUGCGACCGUGGUUUGUAGUGGCGACAGCUUUGUCAAAGACCUACAAUUCUCUCGGUGUUCUGUGGCAACCAACGAUCUAGUCCCUCUGUUGCACGGCAUUGCGCAAAUGAGAUGUUUGAAACGCUUGCAUUUGGAAAUGUCCAAACACUCAUCAUCAUCAGAACAAGAAACUGACCAACGACCAAUGGUUCACGACCAGGAUUUGACAAGCGGACUUGUCGCCAUACUCAAUCAAACCCCAUUGACAGAGCUGGAGGUUCACGGAGACUUUUGGGGUGCCCUUGACAUGGAAGCCAUCUGUAGCGAAUCAUUGCGUGAUAACACAACAUUGCAGACUUGGAAUGUGGAAGCAUCGUUGAACACGGAGGAAAAGCGGGAGUUUCUUGCCAACACUUUAGCAUUCAACACGACUUUGCUCCAGGUCACAAACAUCGAUUGGAAGUACGGCAAAGAAAAUGGUAGUGACCAUGAGACUAGUCAGAACGCUGGCAAGAUAUACUAUGGGUUGCUUUUGAAUCGGGGAGGAAGGGGAAAGAUCCGCAAGGGAGGGAAUGACUACACCAAACCGCAGUGGGUGCAACUUCUGAUUGACGCCGUGGCCAAAUUUGGACAUGCUACAUUGGACACGUUGAAUGUCCAUUUUGGACUGCUGCAGGAGAAUCCGAAUGCUGUCUUGGGUGAUCAUGACCAAAUGGAGCAAAGCACUACAAGAUUCAGUCCAACGAUACUCUAGUCUUUAUUCAUUGAUCAAGUAGUAUCCAAAGCAUGUACUCUGAUACAAAAUUGGCCACCCGAGCUGUAGAGUACGAGUUCAAUCAACAGGUGUCAAAUGUCCAGCGCUCUACGGUAUUUCAUGUACUUCAUGCGUGCAGCCGAGCAAGAUGUUGGAUGCAGGAUGUAGCGGACACCCCUGCCCAUUUCCGAGCUACCAAAGCAAUGGUUGCUUUGGCCGGUGUAACAGGCGGCUUUCCCCGGCAAGGCCGUCUUGCACCACACAGAACCUUCCCUCGCCUUCAAGCUCGCGAGCAGCAUGGCACCGGCGCAACCCAAAUGACUCAUUCGGGUGAAGUUUUGUGUCGACCUCUCAUUGCUAAUUGCUAAGGCUCAACUUUAUCUUCAAAUUCAUCACAUGUUCUAUACGAACCACGGCUUUCCAUCGACCUCGGCAACAAGGCCUCCAGUUCCAUUUCCAGCCUCCUUAUUUUCUCCUUCAGCUGCACGUUUUCCUGCUCCAGAGCCAACUUGACUUCCUGAUUCAUCAUGUCUUGGACAGGCUUCGUAUCCCAGUCACUGAUGAUAUUUUCCUCGACAUCAGCAGUGCGAUUGCUGCGAUCGGAGCGGGACAUUAUCGCAGAAUCCUUCAAGGUCACAUGAGUGCCACUUGACUCCAUGACCUCGGUCGAUUCUCGCAUUCUUCCCGGGGGAAGAGGUGGGCCAAAGCACUCUGAGGUGCUACACACAGCGAAUGAGUCGCCGGAGUCCGCGUUCACAUUUCCAUCAUUGUUGUCAUUGCCAUUUUCAAUUAUGCACACAUUCGGUUCCAUCUCUCUUUGGAAAUUCAACAUCUUCUGCCGGUCAACUGCUUUCUCGUGUGUGCUCCGUCGAAGAGAUUCAGCAACUCCUACGCCUGGAGUGAGCCCAAUUCGCUGGAAGUGCAUUUUCGGGACGAAAAUGAAUAACAGAAUGCCCGCAUCAUUGAAGAAGAUGAUGAAUAUGAGCACCAAAUAGGAAGCACUGGAAGUAGAAGCAACAAACGUGAGCAUGGGAGCAUCGAGUACACUCCAACGUGCACUUAUCCCUACCUUGGGUUGUCAUCAAGGGACAAUAAAACUGGCAAUCCAAUUACUAGAACUUCAAAGACAAAGGCGCUGCUCAGCCCGACAUACUUUUGCUCCUGGUAUCUGUCCUCCAAAUCCUUGACAGUGUAAAGCGUCCAGUUCGUGAUGAUCAUGAGCAGAAGAUGGAUCGCCGCAAUUGGAGCAGCAAAACGCCAGAUGCUCGAAUCCUUUGGUGCGGCGCAAAAGCCGUAACUGCUAAUCGUCACCAGUGGCAGACCGUCUUCCUCGCUCAAUGAUGUAUCCGAAACUUCCCGUCGAUACUAUAUUGACAGUAGGAACGUGAGGAUACCAACGUCGCAACAUUGCUGCCACAAAAAGCGAGCAAACAUACCUCGAGCGGAUCCACAAUAGUCCAACAAGUGACAACGAUCAUGUCCAACAGCAGUACCAGUAUCACAAUCCAACUGGUGUCAAACGCAGAUACUCUUGCCCGUCGAUAUCUCCUGGUUCGAACAAGGCGAUAUAUUCUGAACGUUUUGGAGGCGAUAGAGCCGUAUUGAAGAGGCCAACCAAUGCAAUAAAGAAAUGGGGCGAUCCGACAAGCUGUUGUGACAGCAGAUAUGUCGUCGUCGAACCCCGCUUGUUGGCUGAGAGCCAAGAUAGUCGAAGAUGAAAUGACCGCCCUACACAAAUUGCAAUCAUAAAGGAUUGUUGCGCGAUCAUCACCACAGGAUCAUCUCUGUAGUAGAAUAUCCAUACAAUAAAACAGAGAGCCAAUGUCCACGUGACUCCCACCAGUACAAACCCGAAAUUCAAUACGGGUUGCGGAAUCAAAUUCAUGUCCUGAGCGUAACACUUUGUUUCUCCUUCUUGCCCUUGCGUUGUGGUGCCUUCUGGACACGGAGAACAUUGCGGGUCAUUAUUUUGAACAAAAGUGAUUGUGUCCUGGGGACACGUAGAACAUUUGCUGGUAAGGAGGGAGGUUCCAUUCACCACCAUCGUUUCAUUCGAGAACUGCCCCGGCGGACAUGGUUUCGCACUAGGAGAUGGCACUGUGAUGAGAGCUUCUGCUUGGUCGGCUGGUGAUACCAAUGCAUUGUAGUACGAGCUGUUGUUGACACUGUUUGAUUCGGGAAGCCACUGCGUCGCAGCAGCAGCUCUUCCUAUGUUGCGUUGGUUCUUGUCAAACGCAACAGGACCAAACAAAGUAUUUGUUGUUAAUAUCACCAUGUCGCGUCGCAGCUUUUCAUAUCCGUCUGCUGUUUGAAAAUCCACUGCAGGAUCUGGAUUGUCUGCCACCCGAUAGGAACUUUUGAGGUGUUCUGCAAAGAGCGUGGGAAUUGAAUAACUGACAACGAAAUCAUAGGAUCCAAAGUAUUCG